AUGUCGGACGCGGUGCAAGAUUUCUACCAACGUCCGAGCAAAGUUACAACUUCGAAUGGAGCCUCAAUCAACUUCCACGCGAGGGGCUUGAGCAGUGUUUCGCGGGGUGAUACAGUCCUGGUCCUCCUGCAUGGCUAUCCGCAGUCGAGUUAUUUGUCUUUGAUACCUCUACUGCCCGCCAACCUCCCUCUUUUCGUCCCAGAUCUUCCCGGUUAUGGCGACAGCGCCGCCAUUGGCUUGCAGCAGGAUAAAAGGACGGUCGGCACUACGGUCCUGGACGCUCUGAAAAAGAGCCUCCCGAGUCAGGCAGAUGAGCGCCCGAAGAUUAUCAUCGCAGGACAUGAUCGAGGCGCACGGGUCUGCCAUCGUCUCGCCGUCGAUGCUGGAGAUAUCUCCUCGUUCGAGAUAGUAUCCGUGAUCCUCCUCGAUAUUGUCCCCACGGCCGUCCAGUGGGACACGUUCACCAGCGCCAAAAGUGCCGCCUCCAGAUUCCACUGGGCGCUCCUCGCAAAUGUGGAGAUCGCCACCAAGCUCAUCGGUAGCCACGGCGGAGGCUCGUGGUGCUCGGAGCUGAUCCACCGGUGGGCAGGCCGCAACGAACAAAGGAGAGCGAGAGUCUUAGAUCCCCAAGCUCUGGCAGUCUACUGCCGUCAUUUUGACAAAGAAUCUGUCAUCAGAGCUACUUGUGAGGACUACCGUGCUGGUGCCUUUGAAGAUGACGACCUCCAGCGGGAAGAUCAAAAGGCGGGCAACAAAAUCAGGAUCCCGACGUUGGUGGUGUACUCGGAGGCUUAUAUUGGAGCCACUUACGACGUGGAACCGAUAUGGAGAGACUGGUGCGCAGAGGGGACCAAGCUGGAAACCAAAGCCAUCGGAGACGGAGUGGGACAUUUUCUGCCCGAGGAAGCUCCAGAGGAGACGGCGGAGGUUAUGAAUACGUGGAUCAAGCAAUGGACACAGUAG